UGCCCGCGGCGGGAGGGGAACACGUUGUUGAACACACUUUUAUUGAUUCGAGCCCUAGGUUUAGUGUGUUUCUCAGCGGGGUUGAACUGUAACAUAAGUGCAACGUUUUUACACUUUUAACGCUUUUAUUGAAUUAAAGUCACGUCUUCUGUUCCCAAGAGGAAGUUUACAGGAAUGGAGAAUAAGAAACUGAAUCUUGACCGGUAGCAUGGUGAUACCAUGGUUUGCCGCCAUGUGGAUCCAGGUGCGCACCAUGGAUGGCAAGGAGACCCAUCGGGUCGACUCUCUGUCCAAGCUCACCAAAGUGGACGAGCUUCGCGUGAAGAUCGCCGAGCUCUUCACCAUAGAACCCCAGAGGCAGCGACUCUUUUACAGGGGCAAACAGAUGGAAGACGGUCACACGCUCUUCGAUUAUAACGUUGGGUUAAAUGACAUCGUGCAGCUUCUAGUGCGUCAGGCACCGCUGCCGAAGGACAAAGAGGCCGAGCUGUCCGACUCCGACUCUGGCUGCGGAUCGGCCCAGAGCGAGUCGGAUAAGAGCUCCACGCACGAAGAGAGCGACAGCCAGAGCGCUGGGACCUCUGGACACACCGACGCGCCGGACCUAAUCCACCCUGGAUUUGGCUUUUACAAGAUAAAUGAGUUCGUGGAUGCUCGAGACCUAAACAUGGGUGCCUGGUUCGAGGCGCAGAUCAUCAAUGUGACAAAAACAACAAAGUCUUCGGAUGAAGACGUAGGCACUGAUGGAGAAGAGGAGAUCAUUUACCACGUCAAAUACGAAGAUUACCCUGAGAAUGGCGUGGUGCAGCUGCGCGGGAAAGAUGUCCGUCCGCGAGCGCGCACCAUCUACCAAUGGCACCAGCUGGAGCAGGGCAUGAUCGUGAUGGUGAACUACAACCCUGAUGAGCCCAAGGAGCGCGGCUACUGGUACGACGCCGAGAUCCAGAGGACGAGGGAGAAGCGCACCCAACGUGAGGUUUACGGCAAGAUCCUGCUCGGAGAUGCUGGUGAUUCUCUCAAUGACUGUCGCAUCAUGUUCGUAACCGAAAUCUACAAGAUCGAAGAGCCGGGAAGUUUGGAGGGUCCAGGGGCCUCUUCUGACAGCCCUCUCAAGAGGUCAAAUGGACCUGAGUGCAAGGUCUGCAAAGACGACCCGAAGAAGAACUGCCGCAUAUGCAACUGUCACGUUUGUGGCGUGAAGCAGGAUCCCGACAAACAGCUGCUGUGCGACGAAUGCGACAUGGCUUUUCACAUGUACUGCCUGAACCCGCCACUCACCACCAUCCCCGAAGACGAGGACUGGUAUUGUCCUGAAUGCCGUAACGAUGCCAGCGAAGUUGUUCUCGCAGGAGAGAAGCUGAAGGAAAGCAAGAAGAAGGCCAAGAUGGCGUCGGCGAGCUCGUCCAGUCAGAGGGACUGGGGGAAGGGUAUGGCGUGUGUCGGCCGCACUAAACAGUGCACCAUCGUUCCCUCCAACCAUUACGGCCCUGUUCCUGGAGUCCCAGUGGGAACGCUGUGGAAAUUCAGAGUACAGGUGAGUGAGUCUGGCAUUCACAGGCCUCACGUCGCUGGGAUUCACGGCAGAAGUAAUGACGGCGCUUACUCACUGGUUCUUGCCGGAGGAUAUGAAGACGAUGUGGACGAUGGUAAGGAGUUCACCUACACGGGCUCCGGGGGUCGCGACCUCUCAGGAAACAAGCGGACGGCCGAGCAGUCCUGCGAUCAGAAGCUCACCAACAUGAACAGGGCUCUUGCUCUGAACUGCAACGCGGCGGUGAACGAGAAGGAAGGAACUGAGGCCAAAGACUGGAAGGCUGGGAAACCCGUGAGAGUCGUGCGCAGCUCUAAAGGACGCAAACACAGCAAGUUCUGUCCUGAAGACGGCAACCGAUACGAUGGCAUUUACAAGGUGGUUAAGUACUGGCCAGAGCAAGGCAAGUCCGGCUUUCUCGUUUGGAGAUACUUGCUGAAACGAAACGACGAUGAACCGGCUCCAUGGACCCGCGACGGAAAAGAGCGCAUUAAGAAACUGGGUCUCAGCAUGCAGUAUCCGGAAGGUUAUCUGGAAGCCAUGGCUGCGAAAGAAAAGGAGAAAGAGAACAAAAACGACGAAGACGUUGAGGAAACGCCCACCAAAGGCAAGAGGAAGAGGAAAUCCCAAACCGUGGACGAGAAGAGCUCUCCGGCCAAAAGCACGCCUAAGAAGAUGAAAGUGGAGGCCUACAAACUGAGCAAAGAGCAGAAGUCCUUGAUCAAAGAGGACAAGCUCAACAAGAAGCUGUGGGACGAAGCCAUGCAGUCUCUCAACCUCGGACCUCGCUUCAUCAACAAAGUUGAGGAGGUUUUCCUGUGCAUCUGCUGCCAAGAAGUCGUCUUCCAGCCCAUCACCACAGAAUGCCAACACAACGUCUGCAGGGAAUGCCUACAGCGGUCUUUCAAAGCAGAGGUCUACACCUGUCCGGCUUGCCGACAUGACUUGGGCAAAAACUACCAAAUGACGGUGAACAAAUCUCUCCAAGCCAUUCUCACCCAGCUCUUCCCCGGAUACAGCAGCGGGCGGUGUUGACACUGAUGUCGGUGGGACAGAAUUCAACGAACGAAACAUGGAUUUCAAUUUUGUUUUUGAUAUAUUUAACACAUACAUCAGGUUUUUUAAGUUUGAUGGAAACACCUCUACCUUGAACACCGCUACUUGAUUUAGCCCUGUUUGGUGAUCUGCCUCUAUCUAGCCACUCGACUUCUAUACGUUGUUGUUGUUGUUGUUGUUUUUUCUUCCGAAUUGUGAUCAUGUUAUUUACGAGUAAAAUUAUUCUAGUCGUGUUUUAGCUACAGCCACUUCAAGUGAGGUAUCAUUGCCUCCUUGUACCCUUCACCAGCACAAUGAACCAUAGCUAUGCACAAUUACAAUGUACAGUUA